CCCGCACUCCCCGGAACCCAUUCCGAUGCAAAUAACUCAAACGCUCUGGACUUUCGUACUGUGACCUUCGUCAAACCGAAUAUGUUGAACUGAUGUUGCGAUUCAAAACCCAGAAUAUUUCCGCUGCGUACAGAACUGGCGCGAAUUUGCCGAUGUUUGUUGUGCUUUUUUACCACUUGUAGAGCGCACUCGCGGGUGUAAGCACACUACGUAGAGCUUUAGUGGUUUUUCGCGGUUUUUGUCUACAAGUGUGAUAAUUUUUUUUAGUGUUUUUUUUUUGUGUUUUGACGUAGUUUGUGGUUGUUUUUUUUUGGUUGUGUUGGAAGUGAUGGUUUUUCGUAUAUUGUAGGGGAAAAGCGACAUCAUGGGGUCUUCGUCGAGUAUUAUGAGGCCUCAGGAGCUCGUUGAGUUCAGGAAGCUGAACACUUCCAUCGAAAACGUGGACGUGCCCGCACGACCGGAAAACAGGAUUGUCACAGAUAGGAAAGGAUUCGCCAUUUUUGGGGUUGCCAUACUGAUUCUGAUACCUUUUCUCAUAUACACCUUGGUCAAAGUAGAUUCUAGACUCGCAAUUUAUGACACCGACAAUUGUGGAAAUUUCUGCGGACUCAAAAACCCUCUAAUCGACGAAGUCCCUUGCUCUGGUCAAGAUUUCACAUCUCAGAAACACGCGAAUGAAAAUGGCGAAUGUGAUUUGUUUGGUUUCGAAGACGAGUUAAACAAGUUGAGUGAAACCAUCGAUAAAGAGCUGAAAAAGACUUUUUCUGAGUUUUCCACAAAACAAACGAACGGAAAGUCGAAUUACGAAAAUGAAGAAAACUGGAGUAUCUUUGAUUCAACGAGGGAUUAUCCGAGUAAUGCAAGCGUUUGGUGGAGGUACGGCUUGUCGCUAUUGUUUACAGUUGCUUUAGGGAUCAUCACACUGGUACUGCUGAGGUAUGCCCCAGGUCCGUUUGUGUGGGCAAUUUUGAUUUUUUCGGUGCUGGUUCUAGUGGUUGCUACCGGAUUUUUAUGGGUUGCGUUCUUGCAAGGUAAACAAGACUGGCCAAUGGAGACUCCAAUUCCCCUGGGAGCGGUUAUCGCUUGGACAAUUUUCGCUGUCGUAUUACUGAUCAUUUUUAUAGUCAUAUUUAAGAGAAUAGGUUUGGUUAUUCAGCUAUACAAAGAAACAACCAAAGUUUUGGCUGCCAUGCCCCUAGUGGUGUUUUUCCCGAUUUUCAUCGCAUUCAUCCAAAUUAUUAUAUUUAUAGCUGCUAUUGUUACGACUUUCUGGAUGUUUUAUUCCCGAAAACUGACAAGGCGCGGGGAAAAUAUGUACAAGUACGAAUUGUCCGGGGUGGCGAUUUUCACAAUCAUUUUCAAUAUAAUCGUCACGAGUUGGGCUAUGCGAUUUGUGGCCGGGAUUCAGUAUAUGACCAUCUCGGGAGGCGUGGCACGGUGGUACUUUUCCAAAACCAAGGAUCAGUUGAAUUCUCCAGUCUGGUCUAGUUUCAAAGUUACCAUGAAGUACCAUCUCGGUACUAUCGCAUUCGGAUCUUUCUUGAUGACGCUGUUCGCCGUAGUGAAGCUACUUCUAAGAAUGCUUUUCAGAAACGCGUGCUGCAGAUGUUGCAUGGAUUUGUGUUGCAACAAUGUGGAGGUGCUUCUGAAAUUCUUGUCUGGAAAUUCUUAUAUACAGACAGCCAUUCAUGGACAGUCUUUUCUGAGAUCCGCCAGACGAGCCACCAAACUACUUUUGACAAAUAUCGGCAACAUUGUCGCUAUAAACUGUGUUGGAGAUUUUGUUUUGGCUGUAAUAAUAAUGCUUGUCACUGUACUCGCCACAGCGAUUUCCUUUGCCCUGUUUAAGGAUAUUGGUCCAGUAGGAGGGAAAGCCGCAACCACCUGUUUUUUCAUAAAUGGUGUCAUUAUUUACGUGAUAUUUGGGACUUUCCAAACCAUCAUCGACACUCUCUUCAUAUGCUUCUGUGAAGACUCGGUCAUGAAUGACGGGAUAUCGAGACCAUACUAUAUGUCUCGGGGUCUGAUGGAGUUUAUGGAAAAUUCGAAGAAGGGGCAAGCGCGACAUACACAACACUAAAGUCUCA